AUGCGGGGCAGAUCCACGCGUAUCACCGUCAGUGUCAUCCGCCCUGAUGCGGAUUCUGACAUCAUCAACCUAGAAGUCGGCGGCGACAUGAGCAUCGAGCUCCUCAAAGCCAUCAUCGAAAGCGAAACCGCCAUCCCACCCGAAGCCCAACAACUUGUCUACAACAACCAACUCCUCCAGAACCCGGCACAGACCCUAGACCAGGUCGGCAUCGGCGAGGGCGACAUGCUAGGUGUUCACGCCGCCCUCCGCAGUGGUCCGCCACAACUGCCCCCGCGUCCCAGCCCCGGCCCCAGCGCACCGCGCCAGAAUCAGUUCGCACCCCGACCCGGCAUGCCCGAUCCCGAGACUAUCCGACUACAUAUCCUGGGUGACCCGCGCGUGCGAGAGGCCGUUCGCCGACAGAAUCCCGAGCUGGCCGAGGCAGCGGAUAGUGCACAGCGGUUCCGGGAAGUGUUGCUCUCGCAGCAGCAGCGGGAGGCGCGUCAGGAAGCGGAGAAGGAGGCGAGGAUCGCAAUGUUGAACUCUGACCCGUUCAACCCCGAGAACCAGCGCGAGAUCGAGGAGAUUAUUCGCCAGAAUGCCGUGACGGAGAACCUGCAUAAUGCGAUGGAGCAUCAUCCUGAAUCUUUCGGUCGCGUUACGAUGCUCUACAUCCCCGUCGAGGUCAACGGCCACCGACUCAACGCCUUCGUCGACUCUGGCGCCCAGGUCACCAUCAUGUCGCCAGAGUGCGCAGUCGCCUGCAAUAUCAUGCGACUGGUCGACCGACGCUACGGGGGUAUCGCCAAGGGCGUGGGAACUGCUCCGAUUCUGGGACGGGUACACUCUGCUCAGAUCAAGAUCGGAGACAUGUUCCUGCCGUGCUCCUUCACAGUCAUGGAAGGUAAACAAAUCGACCUGCUCCUGGGUCUGGACAUGCUCCGACGACACCAGGCGUGCAUUGACCUCCAGCGCGGGGCACUGGUGAUUCAAGACCAGGCGGUCCCCUUCCUUGGAGAGGCAGACAUCCCCAAGCAUCUGACCGAGGAGUUUGAGGACGAGCCUACUGUGAAGGGAUCGGACGGGGCCGAGGUGGGUGCUCGGACUGGAGCGGUGACGCAUCAGGCAAGCCGACCGGGCGGAGGGAGCUCCAGUGCAUCCCAGGCCCCGGCCCGACCAGCACCUCCGACAUCGCGCUGGCCACAAGAUUCAAUUGCCAAGAUCACGGAGCUGGGAUUCUCGCGGGACGAGGCAGAACGGGCACUGGAAGCCGCCAAUGGCGAUCUAGAUGGGGCAAUUGGAUUCUUGAUCUAA